CCACUAGCCGUCAAGUGUUCGUCGAGGAUACUCCAAAAAUUAUUAUUGUAACGCGAGUCCUCACUUAUAAAUAUCGAAAAAAAUAACAAACAUCUUCAACACACUCGAGACUUAUAAAUAAUUUACAAAACAUUUCAACAAAAUUAUAUCACUCCUUUAUUACAAGUGAAGAACAAAAAUACAUUCACUUUUUAAUUUUUAAAUUGAUAACGUGUUUGUGUAUUGAGUGAAGUGAUUUUCAAAAAACCAGUGAUUUUUUACAAGUGAAAAAAGAAGAAAAAAAAAUUGUGCUCUAAUUUUAUUUUGAAUGCAACUAUUACUUUAAUUUAAUAUUUUUAUAAAAUUAUGCGCUAGUGUAAUUUAUAAAAAUUUAUCAAUAAUUAAUACAAACAUAUAUUUAUUUAUUGACUAUUGAUAACAUAUAAACAAUGAGUGAUAAAAAUAAAAUAUUACCGUGGCAUUUAUUGCCGUAUCCGGCGAAUAUUUUGAAUCAUUGGUACAACCAAAUAGCUUUAAAUUCAAGAUUUUUUGAGAGUAUCAAAACACCAGUGGCCUCGAGAACAGGAUUUCAAAUAAGUGAUAUAUUGGAUUUGAAUGAAGCGAAACCGACGGCACAAGAUGAUAGUCACACGACAACAAUUCUUCCAAAUAGUGAUGUAUCGUUGACUUAUCAACAACUUUUAGAACACGCAGUACAGCAUGGAAAUUUGACUCGAAAUUCGUUACCACCCCCGCCACCCCCAACGACAUUGCCACCACCUGGACUUUUAGGAUGGCCGACGGGACCAAUUUUGCCAGUGUCAGUACCCCAAACAUUAGCUGAAAUGACUGUUCAUCAACAGCAGCAGCAGCAACAGCAACAACCCGACUCGACUAGUCCAACAAUAUCCGACUUAUCAUUUCCAUCAUCGCAGCCAGACAACGGAAACGACUCGUCCAAAGACGAAGAACAAGAUUUCGAAGAAGUCGAAGAACCGACGGAUGAUCACAAUGACGACAAAUCCUCGUCAUCGCGAACCCACGAACUCAAUGAUCAUCAUAGCGGCCAUUGCGGCAAAAAACAGCGUAAACGUAGGGUACUAUUUUCCAAGGCACAAACUUAUGAAUUGGAACGGCGAUUUCGUCAGCAGAGGUAUCUGAGUGCACCGGAACGUGAACAUCUAGCCUCGAUAAUACAGCUAACUCCGACGCAGGUCAAAAUUUGGUUCCAAAACCACAGGUAUAAAACGAAACGCGCCCAAAAUGAACGCGUGGAAGCGGGUGCUAGUGGAUGUUCACCCCGCAGAGUUGCGGUACCGGUACUAGUAAGAGAUGGAAAACCCUGUCAGUCGAAAUUAGUCGAAUCGACGUAUUCGGGCAGUGGUCAAGUUACCAUGGCUUCGCCGUACAUGCAGAAACCAUUUUGGUGGUGAAAUUUUAUAAUAUUAGUUUAUUAUUUAUUUAUAUGGAGUAUUAAAGAAAAUAAUGAGAAAUAUAUUUUAUGUUUCCGGUGGUGCAAAAAAUAAUUAACAAAGUAGUACUUGUAGUGCGAUUUUAUUGUUAAAUAUUUAAAUUAUUUUAUACGUUUACGAUUUUUUCUUAGCUCUUUUUUCUGCCUGAUGAUCUCUAUUAGAAUUUUAGCUUCCAUUCCGUACCUAGUAGAUUUUUUAUAAAUUUUUUUGAUUUAUCAUAAAAAAAAACUUGAAAUAGUUUACGCAAUAAUUCAAAUUUUUUUUAUAAUCGCAUCAUAAAGUUCUUGGAAAAAUAUUCUAAUUUGUAGAAAUGUCGAAAAAAAAAUAAUCAAAAUUAUAAUUAAAUAAUUUGUUACAAAAAUAUUUACUAGUGACAUUUUUACGGAGGAUAUUUUUACACGAAUUUUGAAAUCCUAAGACAAUAAUUUUUUUUGUCAUAUGUUUAUGAAUUUAAAAAAAAAAUUUGAACUUUGAUUGUUUUGGAGUUGAAAAACUUUUCAAUUCUAGAGUUUCUCAGACAAAUGGUCCAGUAAAUUUUUAACGCACAAAUUUUUGUAGUGAAACGCAGUUUUUUUGAAAAUAGUUUUGAAUUUUAAAUCUCUGGAUACCGCCACUAAAAAUUUUUCAAUGAAUUUUACCUCCAAUAUUUUGUCAUCCUUCCAAAAAUCGUCUGGAUUUUUUUUCUGAAAAACGCGACCGUGGGAUUUUGUUGCCACCAUAAAAAUCUUAAAUUAAUUUCCAAUGGAAAGUAAAUAAAAAAUUAAUUAAAUUAAUGGAAACUGUCUCUAUCUACUAAGAUACUUUGAAAUAUCAAUCUUCUUUCUAAUAAUGAAAUAUAUAAAAACUACAUUCUUAUGUAGCCUUGUACAAAUAAAUCAUAAGAAAGAGUAAGAAAGUGAUCGAAAAAAAUUAAAUAAAAUUCCAAAUGGAGUAAAAAAUAUAUUUACGUAAAUACUAAGGUUAGAAUACAAUUAUUUGUGAAGAGAUUUACAACUAAAAAAAUUUCCAUAAAUAUUGAAAAAAAAAUUCCACGUAUCUUUCACUGCAAUUUUUAUUAAUUUUACUACGUUAAGUAUUUAUUGUAUCAGAUUGUAUAUAUGUACAUUGUGUAUAAUAAUAGUGAAGAAAAAAAAAUAUAUAUAUAUAAUAUAUAACCGCAGAAGC